AUGCUCCUUGCCGAGCUGAAUGCUGACUUUGGGCCUCGUGCCACUUCCGUCAUGCCCCGGGCCGUUUCAGCGCUCAUCGUCGUCUUUGGUUUACUUCUCUGUUCAAUUCCGGAAGAAAACACGGACUGGAUGCCAUGGAGCCGAGCACUUGUCUGGGCCGCGAGCAUGGUCGUUCCCGCUGGGGGCGAAAUCAAUCGCUAUGUGGUGUCUGCGGGAACGACCGUGGUCAUGUACGGAGUGUUCUUUUCUCCCGAUGCGAGACACGUUCUCGCUCAUCCUGUGAUGAACUUCCUGGGCCGUAUCUCGUUCCCAGUAUAUCUGCUUCACAACACCCUGAUCCGGACGGUUUUGACUUGGAUGGUCUACCGGCAUGACUUCAUGAUGCAGGGUUUGCACCCAGUGGAUGAGAAUGGAAAUCCCGCAUGGCUAGCACGGGGUGGGUUUGUAUCAUUUUGGAUCUCUAUCCUGGCCUUCUAUGCUUGUCUGCUUUAUUCGGCGCAUUUGUGGACGAUCCAUGUCGAUCCUCGCUGUGAGAAAGUGGUGACUUGGAUGUCGAACCGAGUGCUUGGCAGCCGUGAGGAGUACGCGCUCACGAAGGAAGGUGUGUUGGUUGGAACGCCUUUAGCCAAAUAG